AUGAUCAUCUAUUUCCUCGCAUUUCCGUUGUGUACAAUCAUUUAUCAUCCACAUGUUUAUUGCUUUAAAAGCCGUCCUCCCACGCAAUCAGUCGAUCCAGCCGAUCCGUCAAUAUCACAGGGUGUCGCCCCUCUAGUACACAAUACUACAGCAACACGGCUGGCAUCAUUGGCUGAGAUAGCCGAGCCCUCUUCCUAUUCUGCAUCCCCACUUCCAUCUGCCAUCCCUCCACUCAGUUUUCCCAAUUUUUCGGAACGUGAUCGACCGGAGACGAAGCAAUGGAUCGACAGCGGAGAUCGUGGUAUCUACCACGAUUUCCACAUCGACGAGCCGUCUACAAUGGCCACGAUAGCAUUGGAU